AACGCUUUUGUGGAGCCUCGGGAUUGGGGAAGGAAGGGUGUUUGGUUUUUUUUCAUGGAGGAAUGCCCAGGAGUGCCUCUGGAUGGCGUCAUCGACACCAUGUCCCCUACCGAGCUCGACCAUAUCGCCGAUCAACUCAGCGUCAUUCUCAACGAGAUGCGGUCAUUUAAGAGCACGGUGCUUGGAUCUCUGUCCGGCGGACCGUACAACAACCGUUUCAUGCCUUACCCCUGGAACCCUUCUCGCCCAUUUUCAAGCGUUGAGGAGUACCUUCAACACAAUCGCGGCAUGUUCCUUGAAUUCUGCGGGUUGGAAUACGUGAACGACUUGUUCAGCUGCUUUCCGACCGACUCCUCGGUCUACCUCACCCACGGCGACCUCUUACCUCGUAACAUUCUCGUCUGUGGAUCUACGAUUACCGCCAUUAUCGAUUGGGAGACGGCCGGCUUUUAUCCUGAGUUCUGGGAAUAUUGCCGCAUGCAUUACCCGGGGCUCAUGACACCGGGCUGGGCGCACGUCCUUCAUCGCAUAUUUCCCGAACCCCGUCGGGAGAAGCAGAUCGAAGCAGUUGCUCGGAUUAUUAAUGACCUCCAUUACAACAGUUGCUUUUGAGUGUGACCACCUUCGUGAGUUCGAGUCAAUCUGGUCUCUUCUUGGUUAUUCAAUUAUUCAUGUACUUCACGGCUUCUAAUUAGAGAUGGAUCGUUCGCCGGACUGUCGUCAUUACCCUAUUGCCUGUCGUGUAUUAUUCAGGAAUAUCAUGCACUUUCCGUGCUAGCGGAUAGAAUGGCGCGGAUCCUACCUCUCUUUAUGGCGGUCAAGUUCGCUGACCGGACUGGGACGUCGCAACGCACGUAGUUCAUCUCGACCCUGUGACGCUGACAUAUCUCAACAUCCUUCAACCUGCUCACUUCGUGUUCUAGCCGACGACGUUGUUCUCAGGAAUUUCCUUGGCCAACUACCGCAACGUGUCGAAAUGCGUGGUCAUGGCACUGCGUGUAUCUUGUUGAGAGAAUAUCUCGCAAGGGGCUCGCUGAAAGACUUUGUCUACCUACCUACUUUGCGACUCACACGCCGAUGCUGCUCCA